CACAGCACGAAUACAGUCACACGGCUCGAGCUGGGGUAGCCUAUCUUUACUUGAACUCUCCAACAACUGUCUGGAUCCAGCUGCUCAGUUUCGGUUUCGUGAUAAUGGCGCCAUGUUGAAUUUGAAAAGACAAGGAUGUCUUGCUAUAUUUAACAGGCGUUAUCAAGAUGAAAUGUUUUACGUCUACGUCCCCGAUCCCUCAAAAGAUAUAGAAUUUUCUGCGUGUGCUAACAAACGGGUUAUAAAACAAACCUCUUCGGGAGGUUUACACGGAUUUUUUGAUUCUGCAGCCAGGUGUGCAGACCCUGAUAGAUACAUAAAAACGACCGUAAGCUGUCUAGACGGGGAGAAUAAACGUUUUAAUUUUGGUUCAGUGACAUGUUAUGGAAAUACGACAGAGAAUGUCGCCUGUCCUAAAGAUCAGUUCAUGGUGGUUAAGACUGCAUCUUACCGUGGAUUGUCUGACUCAAAGACAUGUGGUUUGAGUGAUGAUUAUAGUUGUACAGUUGAUGUAACAUGUCUUGUUAAGAAACAAUGUGAUGGUCAACAUGAGUGUAAAAUAACUGUAAAUGAAACCUUGUUCUCUGAUGAUCUGUGUCCUAGAUUGAAAAAAUAUCUUUACUUUGAAUAUCAAUGUAUUGAUACAUCAAAACAAUAUUCAUUAUGUGUGGAUAACGUGCAUCUGUCAGACUCAUCUCUACCAAACGAGGGUUUUAUACAAAUAGAUGUGAAUUAUAAUGGAACCAAGACUGUUUGUUGGCAGAGUUUAAAGAACAACGCCAAGGAUGUUAUUUGUCGUCAACUGGGUCAUAUUUGCAACAAUCCUUUGUUAGAAGACAAAGAAAGAUUUCCAGAUUCGUCAUUCACUGCAUCUGUUUCUUCAGAAGGUCAAAGAGCUUCUGAUGCAAGGAUAUCUAGUGGUAGUUCUUGGUGUGCUUCUGUCUCAGAUGGUAAACAUUAUCUUCAAGUGGACCUGGGAAGACUUUACGUGUUAUAUGCUAUAGCGACAUUUAGCGAUACCACUGGCUCUAAAUGGUUGACAUCAUUUAAUCUUAAUUACACUGUUGACCUGGUAAACUGGAGACGAGUACAAAACGGGACGAUAUUUCAAGGCAACAAGAAUGCUUACAAUGACGCAGUCAUAAGAAAUUUAAAUUACAUAACAACAAGAGUUUUACGAUUUAUUCCAUUAUCAUAUGAAGUUCAACCUUGUAUGAGAAUUGAAAUUUGUGGUGACACCUUAUAUCCAGACCAACCAAGAAACAUCACCGUCUUUAACAUCAAGUCACAAAGUGUUGAAAUAUCGUGGAUUGAUCCUGAGAAUCAAGGAUUUACCAGCGUAUCAAGAUUUUGGAUUAAAAUAAAGAAACAUGACUCACUUAAUCAGAAUAUCAUCACGGGAAAAAUAAAUGAAUAUAUAAUAGAUAAGCUCACUCCAUACACAAGUUAUGAAAUAUCUGUAGCUGCUGGAAACAAGGAUGGUUUUAGUUCAGCGAAAACAAUUAUGUUUUCAACACGAGAAGAUGCUUUAUAUCCAGACCAACCAAGAAACCUCACCGUCUCAAACAUCAAGUCACGAAAUGUUGAAAUAUCAUGGAUUGAUCCUGAGAAUCAAGGAUUUACCAGCGUAUCACGAUUUUUUAUAAUAAUGAAGAAAGCGGACAACUCGCUUAUUCUGAAUAUCAUCACGGGAAAAAUAAAUGAAUAUAUAAUAGAUAAGCUCACUCCAUACACAAGUUAUGAAAUAUCUGUAGCUGCUGGAAACAACGAUGGUUUUAGUUCAGCGAAAACUAUUAUGUUUUCAACACGAGAGGACGCUCCAGAAGGUCCUCCACUGAACGUCAAAGUCACCGCAGAAAAUUCAUCCUCGUUAUCAGUCACGUGGGAUCCUCCUGAAGAAGAGAAAAGAAAUGGCGUGAUCGUCAAUUAUACUGUGUGUAUCUCACAUGAAGAAACUAAACCUUGCUUUAAAGAACAUACUACAGAGAAGAUGAUGUUAGUCAUCGACAGUUUGAAUGCAUCAACCAAAUAUUUUGUUCGUGUUCUUGCAAGUACUAAAGUUGGUCGAGGAAACUACAGUAAAAGUCAAGGAAUAUUUACAAAUGGAGAAGGAACAAAGAUGGCAACAAAGAGAACAGAAACUACAUUAACUUUCUCGUUACAAAUUCCUUCAGAAAAUUUUACAUAUUUUUACGUCGUGGCUUUGAAACUGAGAAAGAGCAGUGACAAACUUCCAUCACCCAGCAAUUACGAUAAAAAUGAUCUAGUAACAUACGAAAAAGCUAAAACGUCAGCUAAACCAAAACCUUAUAUUGCCGCCGUCAUAACAAGCAGGAAUAAAAACAUGUUUAUACUUGGUGAUGGUGGAAAUACAAGUUUUCAAACAACACGAAGACGAAGAUCAACAACAAUUGAUUAUUAUAAUGGACCACUGGAGUCUGGAGCAAGUUACAGUAUUUUUCAAAGGAUCUUUCUUGAUGACAAGGGUGAAUUUUACUCCACUGAUUGGAGUCCUCCAUCGACAACCCUUAGCAUAAACUCAGAUGGUGUCCCUCGUGUGUUAACCAACAUGUCCAGUGGUGACGUAAUGGCAAAGGAAGGUGAUCUUGUCAACUUGUUGUGUUCUGCUCAAGGUGAACCACCGAUCACUUUCAGUUGGGAAAAAGAUGGAAAGCCUCUGGAGAGUUUUAUAGAAAAGAAUACCCCUUAUCGCAGUUCUGUUCUGGUUGUAACAAUAAAAGACGAAAAAAGUUUUGGAAAAUACAUUUGCAAUAUUCAAGAUCGAUUUACAAAAACUGCUCAUACAAUUUCAGUUGUAAAACUUACAGGAGCUCAAGGAGAGGGCGAAGAUCGCGGAAAUCUUCUUGUGGGAAUUAUAGUAUUAAUAAUUAUUCUGGUCAUUUUACUCAUUAUUAUUGCUUAUUUAUUGUUUCACCGAGUUCAUCGUCUCAAAUCGUCAAGCACUACGGGAAAUUUGGAGAGGAAGACCAAAGACAGUUCAAAAGAUAUUUAUGAAAAUCCGAACAAAAAUGACGUUGACAAUUAUGAACAAGUGGAGAAUGAACAGUCGACGUAUACAGCUCUUAAAAGACCUGGAAAGGACGAAGAUGAUCAUGUUUAUAGUCAUCUGAAUAAAAGACCGCAAGAAUACGAAAACCAGAAGGAAACUGGGUUAUAAAGAGGCUUUUGCACGGAACAUUUACAAUAAACUUAAAGGACAUUGGCAACGAAAAUUUUUAUUUGCCAAAUCUGUUGAAAUCAUCUAGGAAAUACUUAAUUUAAUGUUUUUGUGUGUCUAUCGAAUUUGGUUCUUGAGAAAAUUUCCAAAAAUGUUCAUCGGUGGUCCGCCAUUUUGAAAAUCGAGCUUUAUGCUAAUUUAUGCUAGAAUACAUUUGUGACGUCAUUUGAUGGGUUCGGGAAAUAUGAUUAUAUAAACUAUUGUUGUAUUCUCAUAUGGCAACUUGAAAAACUUGGUAAAAUAGAGUAUAGAGGGGGGACAGAAUCAAAUACCUAUGCAAAAUUAACGCAUCAACAUUGCGGGGACAUGUUUUUCAAAAUAUUUGGAAGAGAACAUUGAAUAUGAACUAUGUACACACAUAUUUACACAUGCAGUGCACGUCGAUACACAACAGGACG